GAUCCGCGGGGUCUCGGUGCGCUCGCUCUCUCUCUCAGACGCGCUCGGCGUUCACACUCGCAAGGACCCCGAUGGCCCCCAUCCAGAGGGACUGCGCUAACCAAACGAAAAGCUCCGGCUCCCAGCUCCCCUAGCGAAGGCAGGACCCGAGAGCCUGCUCCUGGAUUACCGCAUUGUUUUAUAAUUUCCAACAAAAGAAGGAGAGAGAGAGAGAGAGGAAGGUGAUGAUGCUGAGGAUGCGCCCGCGAUGGUGGAUUUCCCUUUUGUGCGUCUGUGGAUUGAUGCACGGCGGUCACCAGAGCAGCCCUAAUUCCCCAAAUGGAGACGCCUUGUCGAGCUUGAAGGCUCUUCGUGAUGCAGGCAGGUUCGUGGGGAAGGAGGACACGGUGCCUCUCCGCCUGCUCUACAGCAGACACAACCACAGCCAGAUCACAGAGGACGAGCUCAGCACCAGGGUGAGAGCCAGCUCCGGAUCCACGCAGGUGAACCACGUGGCUCAGGCAAGCUUUCAAGUUGAUGCUUUUGGCAGAAAAUUCAUCUUGGAUGUGGAACUGAAUCAUGAUUUGCUGUCUUCGGGGUACGUGGAGCGGCAUUUAUCAGAGAAAGGGACGACUAUCAUCACCAAUGGAGGAGAGCACUGCUACUAUCAGGGGAAGGUCAGAGAUGUUCCUCGCUCCUUUGUGGCUCUCUCAACCUGUCAUGGGUUACAUGGGAUGUUUUUCGAUGGCAAUCACACCUACAUGAUUGAGCCUGGAGGAGAGGGAAGCAGUGAGGGAGAUGUUCAUAUUCACAUGAUCUACAAAUCUGCGAUGCAAGGAUUAGGUGAUCUUCUCAAUGGUGAACUUCCAGAGCCGCCUUUUCCCAGCCCUCCUUUUCCUGGGUCAAAAGUUGUUCACAGGAGAAAAAAGAGACAAGUUUCACAUAGGUCAAGAAGUGUAGAGGAUGAGACAAAAUACAUUGAGCUGAUGGUGAUCAAUGACCAUCUAAUGUACAAGAAGCAUCGGCUUUCCGUUGGGCACACGAAUAACAAUGCUAAGUUAGUGGUCAAUAUGGCUGACAUGAUUUUCAAGGAACAGCUUAAUACCAGGAUUGUGCUGGUUGCCAUGGAAACAUGGUCAGCUGAUAACAAGUUUAACAUAGAUGACGACCCCAUGGUGACGCUGAGGGAGUUCAUGAAGUAUCGAAAAGAUUUCAUCAAGGAGAAAUGCGACUCUGUUCACCUUUUUUCAGGGAAUCGUUUUCACAGCAGCUGGGGAGGAGCAUCAUACAUGGGAGGAGUUUGCUCCUUGACUAAAGGAGGGGGAGUCAAUGAGUAUGGGAAAACCGAUGAGAUGGCCAUAACUCUCGCUCAGUCUCUUGGACAGAACAUUGGCAUCUUCUCUGACAAGAAAAGGAUUCUUAAUGGUGAAUGCAAGUGUGAUGAUCGAUGGUCAGGCUGCAUCAUGGAUGAUGUUGGUUUCUACCUGCCUAAGAGGUUCUCCGACUGCAACGUGGAGGAGUACCACAACUUUCUGAACAGUGGUGGGGGAGCCUGUCUGUUCAACAAACCCCCGAAGCUGUUGGACCCUCCAGUGUGUGGAAAUGGCUUUGUGGAGCCUGGAGAGGAGUGUGACUGUGGCAGCCCAGCGGAGUGUGCCAGAGAGGGGGAGGCCUGCUGCAACAAAUGCACUCUGACACAAGGCUCCAAGUGCAGCAACGGACUCUGCUGCAACAACUGCCAGAUGGAGUUCAUGGGGGUUGUAUGCAGAGAUGCAGUGAAUGAUUGUGACAUCCCUGAAAACUGCACAGGCAACUCCAGUCAAUGUCCACCAAAUGUGCACAAGAUGGAUGGCUAUACGUGUGAAAAGGACCAGGGUCGCUGCUUCAAUGGAAGAUGCAAAACUAAAGACAGGCAGUGCAAGUACAUCUGGGGAGAGAAGGCAACUGCGGCUGACAAGUUCUGUUACGAGAAGUUAAACAUUGAAGGGACUGAGAAGGGAAACUGCGGGAAGGACAAAGACACCUGGAUCCAGUGUAACAAACAGGAUGUUCACUGUGGCUACCUGUUGUGCUCUAACAUCUCACCUGCCCCACGCCUCGGGGAGCUGCAGGGGGGCCUGACCUCCUUUUCAGUAGCCCGUCACAGUGCUUCUCUUGACUGCAGUGGGGCUCAUGUGCUGAUCGAUGGAGACACUGAUCUGGGAUAUGUCGAAGAUGGUACGGCCUGCGGGACAGACCGUAUCUGUUUCAACCACAAAUGCCUCCCCAUACAACAGUUCAACUUCAGCACUUGUCCCGGGACCACUGACAAGAUCAUCUGCUCUGGACAUGGGGUUUGCAGCAAUGAGCUGAAAUGUGUGUGUUACCUGGGCUGGGCUGGAGAGGACUGUAACUCCACGUCUCCUCUCAGCUAUCUCGUGGUGGGACCAACCGCCCCAGUCUCAGGUAUCACCACUACCAACAUCAUCAUUGGGGCCAUCAUAGGCUCCAUCCUCUUCCUCGCCCUCAUAAUGGCCGUCACAGCCUGGUGUUACAAGAGCUACAAGCAGAGACGCUAUGUUGAGUCUGAGGUUCACAGAAGAUUCUGCCGACAAAUGCCCCCAGGUGACUAUGUAACAAAGCCUGGGGAUGCGGACUCAUUUUACAGCGACAUGCCUCCAGGGGUCAGCACAAACUCAGGCUGCAGCUCCAAGAAGAGGUCAGCCUGCCUGUCCCACCUGCAGCUUUGUACCCUGUCCUUCACUCCCUCCAUCCCAUCCAUUUCUCAGAACAUCUCACUGUUUGGCUUCAGAUCUAAUGGUCUAUCCCACUCAUGGAGUGAGAGAAUCCCAGACGCCAAACACAUCUCUGACAUCUGUGAAAAUGGGCGACCAAGGAGCAACUCAUGGCAAGGAAAUCUAAGCGGUAACCGUAAGAAACUGAAAGGAAAGAAGUUCCGUGCUCGCUCCAACUCCACAGAGACACUAUCCCCUGCCAAGUCACCGACUUCCUCCACAGGAUCUAUUGCAUCCAGCAGGAGGUACCCGUACCCCAUGCCCCCCCUCCCUGACGACCAGAGGAAAGGCAACAGGCAGAGCGCCAGGCUGUGGGAGACUUCAAUAUAACAGCCGUCUUACCCUCUCUGCAGAAGAUUUUAAGGAACCACGCGUCUCCUUUUCUGUGAAUGAAAAACACAAAAAUGAAACAUAAUUGACUCUUAGUGAAUAGAGAGAGAGAGCCCCCCACUGGAGUGGAACUAGGCAAAGGUGUGUGUGAGUAAGUGUGUACGAGCAUCUCCGAGGCUGUUUCAGUGUCAUUAAGUGGAUCUCUCCGAGACGAGUGAUGGCGGAGAAACCACCACAUCCACUCCAGACCAGCUGGAAGCUCAGGCUGAGCUGUUCCUGUCUGCUCAGGCCUCAUGACCCCCCCCCCCCCCCUUUCUGCACCAGUCCUAAAUCCUUGAACUUCGUCACGUCCUUCUGAACUCAUCCUCCCCUCGACACCACUGUCUCCCCUCUAAGUCGUUUGGAUCUCCUCUUUGAAAGGAGCCGUGAAACCAGAGCAGGUCAACAUAUCACAUUGCAUUGUUGGAUUUGUUGGAUCAUUUUGUCGCACGUGAAUCGCCGUAGAAACUCCAACACUGUAUGCAUGAGACAACCCUCCUCCUACUGAAAAAGACGAGAAGAACCACCGUCUCGGGUGAAAGGAAGGCAUGCGAGGGGGCAGUGAUUUUAUACCUUCUGUAGGCUUUGACGCUUUCUUUCCACUAUAGGUAAUCCAGAUUGUAUCAUCAUUUAUAGCCCAUAACCCAUAACAUGGGCCCAUAUUGACCCCCUACCCCCAGUUUGUGUGUAAAUAUGUACAGUGAAAUACACACAGAGUAUGUUUUUGCUUUUAUUCUUAUGGUGUUAGUCUGUAGAUAAGUGUAGAGACCCCGCACUCAUUCGUCCGUCUUUGUUUCUAUUUGUUGUCCCUUUUUUUUAUUCCUCCCUUCCUGAGUGACUGUGACCUAUAUAGCUUCCUCCAUCUAUGGCAGAACGUGAAAGUGUUUUUUUUUUUUUCUAUCAUAUCUAGACACCACCUUUGGGACACCCAGAAAUGACUGAUGGAGUUUUGGUAGAGAUGUUGAUGGAGGCACACUGAGUCUUAUUUAGGGAAAUCUUUAUAGUUUUAUGUGCCGAAUGGACUGAGAUGUGUUUGGUGUAGUUAUAGAUGUGCCACUUUUCACGUGUGAUUAUGGAAGUUUCAGAUUGACUAUUAAAAAGUAUUGAGUUCUGUUUGAGUCGCUCAAAUAAAGGAGAGUAAACGCCAAUAACUGGAUGUGGUUUUUGGCCAAAUUUUUUGCAAGAAUCUGGAAAAAAAGUGAUUUGAAAAAUGUGCAUUUUGAAUUUAGCUGUGAUGAUUGAGAUAUUUAGCCUUGUAAAUGAUAAAUCUAUGCUGUACAGUGCUUGCUGUUUGAGCUUGUGAAGACCAACAGCAUGAUAGUUUGAUAUCAAAUUAAUUUAUUUCUCCAGGUAGGCUAUUUGUGAGACCAAAAAUGGGAAAAAAUCAUGCCACUGAAAGACUUUUCUUCCACCUUAUUGCCUCUUUGCAGUCUUAAUGGGUACUGUAUGUCAGCAAAGUCAGGAUUAUUUAUGUCAGGAACUCCUUUAAAUUAAUUAAAGAGGAUUUUUUGUGCUAUGCCUGAUCCUUGUGGCGCUAUUUAAAGUGGAUCUUUUGACAAAUGUUUCUAUAUCACUCCCAAGAAGCAAGUUCUGUACAGUUUUACUCUCUUGUCUUCAGGCCUCCUGUUUGUCAUCCUGCUGUUGUUUCAUUAUUAUUCCUGUGUGAGCACUUUUUUAUUUGUUAUCCAUGUAUGCAUUAGGACUGUAUAGUUAUAUGAUGGCCACAAUAUUGAAUUAUUAUUGCUACAAGUAUCUUUUUUAUUAAAUACCUUUGUAAUGUCCACUUCUUUUCUCAGCAUUAUGUACAGCAAUGAUUCAAACGGUAAUUAAGUGCAUUAUUGUAAUUAUGUGUGUUGAUGAGUUUGAAUGGAGACAUGUUGAGUUUUUUUUAUCACAUUUGUUGGGUGGUUACUCCGGCAUGUGCUAAUCUGUAUCAUAAAGUUUGGACACAUAACAUUGUUAAUGAGAUCUGUACGGCCUCAUGAUUUGCCUUCUAUCAGAGCUCUCUGUUUGGCUCUGGUCUUCUUUCAGUAUUGUCAGUGUUUAAUAGCCCACUCAUGUUCCCUGGGCUAUCCAAGGCUGUAGAAAGCAGUAUCUCAGUGAUUAUAUUUCUAACAUCAUGUAUUGUGCUACAGAGAGACAUUCGUCCCAGGCAUUGCUCCAGGCUGUAGUGACUUCUGUCUGAACAUAUCUGUUGCCGUUGCCUGCACACACUGUUGGACUGAUCCCAACAGAGGACGAUUCUGGAGAAAUGUCCCCACAAAUGAGCUGUCCGUCUUUGUCCAGCCAAAGACUUGAAUGUAUUUGUGUACUGGAGAGCACCAACCAUCCGGUCUCACCCAUACAAUCCCACCCUGCUGCCGGGCGCAUCAGCCCCCUGCUGCAGGAACAAUGAAAACCCUACAUGUGCGAGUUCAUAUCUAAGUACUGCUGUUGCUUUUUUAAAUUUAGUUUUGCCUGUAUGCUGUACAGACUGAUGAUGCAAAAAUCAAUGCCAUUAAUUUAAUUUCUUUUAAUCAUUCAGUAUUGUAAUAUAUUUAAUAUAAAA